AUGGCUGCUUCUAUCGCCCCUUACCAACCCUAUGCCGACAGAUAUCUCGGUGGCCCAGCUUCUGGCCCGACUGCUGGAGAAAUCGUCAACGAUCUCGGUCUUGUUGGCAAGCUCCAAGACAAGGUCAUCCUGAUCACAGGUGCUUCGGCUGGAAUCGGUCAGGAGACUGCUCGUGUCCUUCACACCACUGGAGCAAAGCUCUAUCUCACGUUCCGUGACAAGGUCAGAGGACAAGCAGUCGUCGAAGACUUAGUAUCACAAUAUCCCAACGGGCAGAAGCCUGUGCUCAUCGAGAUGGAACUUGCAAACCUCGAAAGUGUCAGAAACGCAGCCAAAGAAUUUCUCAAUCAAGAAAAGCAACUUGAUGUCCUGAUCACUAACGCUGGUAUCAUGGCUGUUCCAGAAGGUCGCACCGUCGACGGUUUUGAGAUGCAACUUGGCACCAACCACUUUGGACACUUUUUGUUCUUCCAGCUUCUCAAAUCCACAUUGAUCGCUAGUGGAACAGUUUAUUCUCCUAGCCGCGUGGUUACUAUCUCGAGCGCUGGACACAAAGCAAGCGGCAUCUUCUUUGACGACCUCGAUUUGACCAAGCAAGGCUACCACCCCAUGACGGCCUACGGUCAAAGCAAAACCGCCAACAUCUACAUGGCCAACUCAAUUGAUCGCCACUAUGCCGCAUCUGGUCUGCGUGCUGUAUCCGUCCACCCAGGCUUGAUCUUUGACACCCAGCUCGGACGUUACAUGUCUCCAGAACAGCUUGCGGGAUUUGCUCCGAUGGCACCGUUCGCAAGAUCUGUGGAGCAGGGUGCAGCGACUACUGUCUGGGGCGCACUUUCUCCGCACUUUAAUAAGCAAGGUGGUGUGUAUCUUGUGGAUGCUGGUGUGUCGAGUGUUGCUGCUGAGGAUGAGCCUCUUGGUGGUAGUGGUCAUGCUCCUCACGCAUUCAAUGAGGAGGCUGAAGAGAAGUUGUGGAAGCUCAGUUAUGCUGCUGUCGGUUUGGAGGAAGAUAGCCAAUAG